AUGCGUUGUCAACGCGUACUCAUUCUAACCACUCUCGCUGGCUGUGGUUGCCAUGCUGCUCAAUCUCAACCAGCUCAAUCCCAGCCCCAGGCAUAUACUGUCCCAGCCGGCUUUCCAACCAGUCUCUUCUCGGACUACUAUGUUCCUCCCUCGCCUAGCCAGGAGCCCCAACCCAUCAUCUUUGACGAGACACUGAACUACACCUAUCCUCGGGAUCUGACCGAUCCGUUCAACAUCCCCGAGCAGAGUGAAGACCCGAUUUUCUUCCCGGCUCCUCGUUACGAUGUUUCCAACGGAAGCGCCAUUGUCUCCGCUGCCAUCAACGAGAUCAAUGGAGUCAUCUCGGGAAGCGGGACAAAUUGUUCCAAGUGUAUUUCUGCCCUCGAGAUCGGACAGUAUGUAGCUCAUCGAGCUCCCCAACUGGUGCCCGACAUGCUCGUCGAUCUAUGUAUCAGCACCAAGUUUGCCACCAACGACACCUGUCACGAGAACUACGAUGCUGAGAAUUAUGGCGCUGUUUGGACCCAAGUACUGGCUUUGGCGAACGUGUCGGGUUCCGACGGCCAAUACAUCUGCAAUUAUCUGAGCAGCAACUUCUGUCCUCGCCCCUCCACAUUGCCCUCGGACACUUCGGCAUAUUUCGGGGCCAAACCCAAAAAUGUGAGUGUUCCAAAGCCGAGCGGGGAGAGGGUCAAGGUGCUUCAUCUGAGUGACAUGCACAUUGAUCCUCGGUAUGCUCCUGGAUCCGAGGCGAACUGCUCCAGCGGAUUGUGUUGUCGUGCGAACAACCCGAAGAGCGCAUCGGGAAAGCUGGAAAUCCCGUCUCCUUUGUACGGGGCUUUCAAGUGUGACAGCCCUUAUUUCCUUUUGACCUCUGCAUUGGAGUCGAUUGGCCCGUUGACUGGAACGACCAACGAAAACAAGACGGAUUCGGACCAUUUUGCAUGGGGUAUUUACACGGGAGACUUGGUAUCUCAUGAAGGUCAAAAUGAGCUUUCAAGAAACUAUACCAUGUACGCCGAGUAUUCCAUCUGGCACAUGAUCAAGUCUUAUGUGUCUGCGCCUAUCUUUGCGGCCCUGGGCAAUCAUGAUACCAACCCUGACGGUAUUGAUUCUCCUCAUUCAUUGCCAGGAAACCUGGGCCAGCAACAGUCAUGGAACUGGGAUCAUGUAUCUUCGCUAUGGCAGCACAACAACUGGAUCAGUGCCGAAGCAGCCCAACAGGCUCGUACCCAUUAUGCUGCCUACAGCAUUAACCAUGCACAGUUCCCCAAGUUGAGGAUCGUCACCAUCAACACCGAUUUUUGGUAUCGAAGCAACCUGUUCAACUACAUAAACACCACAAAUCCGGACAACAGCGGCAUUCUGAAGUUCCUUGCGCAAGAACUUCAAGACGCAGAAGACAAGGGCGAGCGAGUGUGGGUUGUCGGACACGUUCUUUCAGGAUGGGACGGCACAAACCCACUUCCGAAUCCAACAGACCUCUUCUACCAAAUCAUCGACCGCUACUCCCCCCACGUCAUAGCAGGCAUAUUCUUCGGGCACACGCACGAAGACCAAGUCAUGAUCUACUACGGCAAUAACGGCACAACUCGAAACGCCGACACCGCCCUGAACGUCGGCUGGAUCGGGCCCAGCAUCACCCCCUUAACCAACUUGAACAGCGGGUACCGAAUGUACGAAGUCGACACGGGCGAUUUCUCCAUCUACAACGCCUACACGUACUACGCCAAGGUUUCCUCAUUUGGCAGUCUCAACACUUCGGCGACCGGUCCCGUCUGGCAUUACGAAUACUCGACUCGGGACGCGUAUCCUUUGCAGUGGCCUGCCGAUGCGCCUCUCAAUGCCACUUACUGGCAUCGUGUGUCUGAGGCCAUGGCGGCCAAUCAUUCGUUGGUGCAACAGUUUAAUACUUAUCAGGGCAAGAUGAGCGUCAAGAGUCCGAAUUGUACGAGUAAUGCUUGUGCUGAGGCAAAGGUGUGCUAUAUGAGGAGUGGGAGUGUGGCUUUGGGCUCGGCUUGUCCUCAGGGGUGA